UGCUGCGGGGUCCCGCGGGUGCCAUGGCCGGGCCGAGCCCCUGCGAGCUGCGCCGCUGAUCGUAGCGCUCUGCCCCAGCGCUCCUUUGAGAAGGGCGCUUUUUAUUUUUUGUUUCCCCUUUUUUUAUUUUUUAUUUUUUUAAUUUUGUCCCUGGGCUGAAGCCAUGGCAAAGGUCCCCGAACGCAGCAGGCACAAGUGGAGCGCGCUUCACACCUUCCUCCGCUGCAACAUGAACCCGGAGACCCAGCGGGUGGUGGUCUUUGUCAUCCUGCUUUUCCUCAUCGUCGUCAACGUGGUGCUCAUGUUCCUCCUGGCGUUCCAUUGAGGGCUGCCGGCCGCCAGCUGCGGGCGCGGGGCCCCCCAGCAGCUCAUCAGCGAUGGCAGUGUGGUGUAUGCAGAAGCCCUCUGGGACCAUGUCACCAUGGACGACCAAGAGCUGGGGUUCAAGGCUGGCGAUGUCAUUGAAGUAAUGGAUGCUACCAACAAGGAGUGGUGGUGGGGAAGGAUUCUGGACAGCGAAGGCUGGUUUCCAGCCAGCUUUGUACGGCUCCGAGUGAACCAGGAUGAACCCCUGGAAGAUUACCCUGUAAAGGUAGAGGGUGGCAAAGACGACGACUCCAGCAGUGGUACCCGGCGCUUUGGGAUGGGGCAGACCACCAAAGACCAGAUGAGGACCAACGUUAUCAAUGAGAUCAUAAGCACAGAACGAGACUACAUCAAGCAUCUGAAGGACAUUUGUGAGGGUUACAUUAAGCAGUGCCGCAAAAGAGCCGACAUGUUUACAGAAGAACAGCUGAAGACAAUCUUUGGGAAUAUUGAAGACAUCUACAGAUGCCAGAAGAAAUUUGUUAAAGCACUGGAGAAGAAAUUCAACAAAGACCACCCACAUUUAAGUGAGGUUGGCUCCUGUUUCUUGGAAUAUCAAACGGAGUUUCAGAUAUACUCUGAGUACUGCAACAACCACCCCAACGCCUGCAUGGAGCUGUCCCGCCUCACCAAAGUUAACAAGUAUGUCUACUUCUUCGAAGCCUGCCGCUUGCUGCAGAAGAUGAUUGACAUCUCUCUGGAUGGGUUUCUGCUGACACCAGUGCAGAAAAUCUGCAAAUACCCGCUGCAGCUGGCUGAACUGCUCAAAUACACCAACCCUCAGCACAGGGAUUUUAAAGACGUUGAAGCUGCCUUAAAUGCCAUGAAGAACGUUGCUCGGCUCAUCAACGAGAGAAAGCGGCGACUGGAGAACAUCGACAAAAUUGCUCAGUGGCAAAGCUCCAUAGAAGACUGGGAGGUAAGGCAGACUUACUUUUCCUAGGAACUGAAUGCAUUG